CAGGCACCACCGCCCCCCCCCGCCAUGAUGUGCGAGGUGAUGCCCACCAUCAGCGAGGGGGACCCCCUGGGGCCCCCCCAGGGCUCGGAGGCCGACGCCGACUUCGAGCAGCUGAUGGUGAACAUGCUGGACGAGAGGGACAAGCUGCUGGACACGCUGCGGGAGACGCGCGAGACGCUGUCGGUGACCCAGAGCCGCCUGCAGGAGACGCUCCGGGAGCGGGACCAGCUCCAGAGGCAGCUCAACUCCGCCCUCCCGCAGGAGUUCGCGACGCUGACGCGGGAGCUCAGCGCCUGCCGGGAGCAGCUCCUGGAGCGCGAGGAGGAGAUCUCGGAGCUGAAGGCCGAGCGCAACAACACCCGGCUCCUGCUGGAGCACCUGGAGUGCCUGGUGUCCCGGCACGAGCGCUCCCUCCGCAUGACCGUGGUCAAGCGCCAGGCCCAGUCCCCGUCCGGCGUCUCCAGCGAGGUCGAGGUGCUCAAGGCUCUCAAGUCGCUCUUCGAGCAUCACAAGGCGCUGGAUGAGAAGGUCCGGGAACGCCUGAGAGCAGCCCUGGAGCGAGUGGCCACCCUGGAGGAGCAGCUGGUGGACGCCCAUCGGCAGGUGGCAGCUCUCCAGCAAGGAGCCGUGCGGGAGGCCCCGGCGGGAGAGCGGGAUGAGCCCAAGGAACCAGCCCCGAAGCUUCCCUGGAAGCGACUCUCCAACGGCUCCGUGCACCCGGAGGACGAGGCCGGGCGGGUGGUGGAGCUGCAGGAGCUCCUGGAGAAGCAGAACUUCGAGGUGGUGCAGGCCAAGGAGCGCAUCUCUGCUCUGGCUGCCAGUGUGGCUGAGCUGGAGGAGGACCUGGGCACCGCCAGGAAGGACCUCAUCAAAUCCGAGGAGAUGAGCAGCAAGUACCAGAGGGACCUGCGAGAGGCCCUGGCACAGAAAGAGGACAUGGAGGAGAGGAUCACCACGCUGGAGAAGCGCUACCUGGCAGCCCAGAGAGAGGCCACCUCCAUCCACGACCUCAACGACAAGCUGGAGAACGAGCUGGCCAACAAGGAGUCCCUGCACCGCCAGUGCGAGGAGAAGGCCCGGCACCUGCAGGAGCUGCUGGAGCUGGCGGAGCAGAAGCUGCAGCAGACGAUGCGCAAGGCGGAGACGCUGCCCGAGGUGGAGGCAGAGCUGGCCCAGCGCAUCGCCGCCCUCACCAAGGCAGAAGAGAGGCACGGGAGCAUCGAGGAGCAUCUCCGGCAGCUGGAGACCCAGCUGGAGGAGAAGAACCAGGAGCUGGCCAGGGCCCGGCAGAGGGAGAAGAUGAACGAGGAGCACAACAAGCGGCUCUCAGACACCGUGGACCGGCUGCUGAGCGAGUCCAACGAGCGGCUGCAGCUGCACCUCAAGGAGAGGAUGGCAGCCCUGGAGGAGAAGAACACAUUGUUACAAGAGCUGGAAAACACCCAAAAGCAGAUAGAGGAACACCAGCACGACAAGCGGCGACUGUCCGACGAGAUCGACAAGCUCAGGCUGGAGGUGGAUCAGCUCAAGACCAGGAGUGGGACCUUCGUGGAGAGUGUUCACUCCAGGGUGCUGCUGCAGCUGCCUGGGACAGCACACCCUCUCCUGAGCACUCUCAGCGUGGGUUCACGACACCGAGGGGUCAAUGGGAGCAAAAUUCCCCUCUCAGGAAGAGGGCUCCAGUCUGGCCUUUCAGGGGUGCCAUGUAGGACCAGUGGCCCUUGUCCCCCCCAGGACUGGGAGCAGGCCCAGGCAGGUGCUGUCCUGGCCACAGGGCCCCACAGCUUCGACAGCGACCCUGACAUCUCGGACGUGGACGAGGACGACCGCGAGACGCUCUUCAGCUCCAUGGACGUGCUCUCCCCUGGGGGGCACUCGGAUGCCCAGACCUUGGCCAUGAUGCUCCAGGAGCAGCUGGAUGCCAUCAAUGAGGAGAUCAGGAUGAUCCAGGAGGAGAAGGAAUCCACCGAGCUGCGCGCGGAGGAGCUGGAGACGCGCGUCACGAGCGGCAGCAUGGAGGGCCUCAACCUCACCCAGCUCUGCAAGAGGGCCUCCAUCCCCACCUCCCUGACCGCCCUGUCCCUGGCCAGCUCGUCCCCCCCCCUGAGCGGCCGCUCCACGCCCAAGCUGAGCUCGCGCAGCGCGGCGCAGGACCUGGACCGCAUGGGCAUCAUGACGCUGCCCAGCGACUUGAGGAAGCACCGGAGGAAACUGCUAUCGCCCGCAGCUCGGGACGAGAGCCGGGAGGACAAAACCACCAUCAAGUGCGAGACGUCCCCGCCUUCCUCGCCCAGGGCGUUGAGGCUGGAGAAGCUGGGCCACCCUGCUCUGAGCCAGGAGGACGGGAAGGGCUCGCUGGAGGAUCAGGCCAGCAACCCCAGCAGCAGCCAGGACUCCCUGCACAAGGGCUCCAAGAGGAAGGGGAUCAAAUCCUCCAUUGGGCGCUUGUUUGGGAAAAAGGAGAAGGGUCGCUUGAUCCAGCUGAGCAGAGAAGGGGCCACAGGGCAGGUGGUGCUGACUGAUGCGGAGGGGAGCAUCCAGGACCCCCUGGGCCUGGGCAAGCUGGGAGCUCAGGCCGAGAAGGAUCGGCGCCUGCGGAAGAAGCAUGAGCUCCUGGAAGAGGCCCGGAGGAAAGGGUUGCCCUUUGCUCACUGGGAUGGCCCCACUGUCGUGUCCUGGCUGGAGCUCUGGGUGGGGAUGCCAGCCUGGUACGUGGCCGCGUGUCGCGCCAACGUGAAGAGCGGGGCGAUCAUGUCGGCGCUGUCGGACACCGAGAUCCAGCGGGAGAUCGGCAUCAGCAACGCCCUGCACCGCCUCAAGCUCCGCCUCGCCAUCCAGGAGAUGGUGUCCCUGACCAGCCCCUCGGCACCGCCCACCUCCCGCACGUCCUCUGGAAACGUCUGGGUCACCCAUGAGGAGAUGGAGAACAUGGCAACCUCCACCAAGACGGACACAGAGGAGGGCAGCUGGGCACAGACCCUGGCCUACGGGGACAUGAACCACGAGUGGGUGGGCAACGAGUGGCUGCCGAGCCUGGGGCUGCCCCAGUACCGCAGCUACUUCAUGGAGUGUUUGGUGGACGCCCGGAUGCUCGACCACCUCACCAAGAAAGACCUCAGGGUGCACCUGAAGAUGGUGGACAGCUUCCACCGCACCAGCCUCCAGUACGGCAUCAUGUGCCUCAAGAGGCUCAACUACGACCGCAAGGAGCUCGAGAAGAGGAGAGAGGAGACCCAGCACGAAAUCAAAGACGUGCUGGUGUGGACCAACGACCAGGUGAUCCACUGGAUUCAGUCCAUCGGGCUGCGCGAGUACGCCAACAACCUGGUGGAGAGCGGGGUGCACGGGGCCCUGCUGGCCCUGGACGAGAACUUUGACCACAACAGCCUGGCCCUGGUGUUGCAAAUCCCCACCCAGAACACACAGGCUCGGCAGGUGCUGGAGAGGGAGUUCAACAACCUGCUGGCCCUGGGCACGGACCGGAGGCUGGAUGAUGGUGAUGACAAGACGUUCCGCCGGACGCCGUCGUGGCGGAAGCGCUUCCGCCCGCGGGACGUGCACAGCAUCAACCUGCUGAGCGGCUCCGCAGAGACCCUCCCUGCUGGCUUCCGCGUCACCAGCCUCGUGCCACUGCCACCCCCCGCCGCCCCACCCAAGAAAAUGCCCCCGGAAGUUGGUGCCUCUGGGUCACCGAGGCUGGAGACCUCCACAGUGCGGACGUACUCGUGCUGAGGGUCAGCGAGACGGGACCCCCGGCCCGGCACAUCCCCGCUCUCGAGUGGCCCCGUGCUGGCUGCCUUUCAGGACAAGAGCCCAGCCCGUGCCUGUCCCUCGGCCCGACCCUCCAGAAGCUGCAGUUUCACUGCUCUGGACCGACCAGGACCUGUCCCUCCUGCUUGUGAACCCGCCGCUCCCCCUGUGGCUCCCACCCCCGCCCUGCCCACCCGCCCUGCCCUCGCUGCCCGGGCUGGGGAUGUGCUCCAGGGGCCAUCCCAGCGCGGGGCCACCCCGUGGGGCCACAGAGACGCCCCAAAGAGCGGGCUGUGACCUUUGGGACCCUUUCUCCCGCCUGGGUCAUGGUGCCAAUCCCCCGUGGGCCGACCCGCCCGAGCCCCGGGCGUGGGGAUGCUGCUGCCCACAGGACUCGGAGCCGAGGCAGACUCAGGCUCGUGCCGGGCAGGGGCUGCCCCGGGGGCAGUGCCAGGGCCGGUGCUGUGUGUGGGGUGGGGCCGUGGGGGUUGAGGAGGGCGGUGACUGCCCAGGUGCUCAUUUUGGUGCUGUGGGGUGCCCCCGGAGCGGGGGGGCGUGCCUGCCUGACAGGGCUGCGUGGGAAGGGCUGGCACUGCCUGCUCUGGCUCCGUGCCGGGACGGUGCCAGCACCCACGGGAGAGGGGGACCCUCCUUGGGGGCCCGGGGGGACACACGGGAGCACCCAGAGCCCCCCCAGGGAUGUGCCCACCCAUUCCCCUCCAGGUGCAGAGGAGAUGCUCUCCCCUCCUGCCUCCAGGCUACAGGCGGGGAUCAAUGCAGGAGACUCUUAACUCUUCCCAUUUCUCCCCCCUGUAGGGUAGGAUCUCUUCGUCUCCUCAUGCCACGUUUGCCUUGUGUGGCCCCUAUUUCUGAUGUGAUAUUUAUUGAUGGCUGGAAUGACCUUAUACUUAUCAUGUGCUGUCUGGAAGUGCAAUAUCUGAGAGGCUCUACAGUCAUGGCGUCUUUUCGGUGUAUUAUUUGCCUAAUACAGUAUUAAAUAUUUUUUUAAUUUGAAGAGUCAGUGAGCCCUUUAUAUCGAUGCCCUAUUUCUUUUGUCAUAUUAUUGGUACUGCAUGGACUCCAAACCCUGGAUCGGGUCAGGAAAGGAUGUAUGUGUGUUCCAAUAAACAGGAUUUUAAAACA